UGUGUUGCUUGGUAACCAGAAAAAUGGCAAACAAAACACUGCAGUUCUAUACACCUGAGUCCUUUAUACUGGGACGAGCACUGCGGGCAGGAGAUACUGAGGUCUUUCUUCUUGAAUAUGAUAGAAUAUUGGAGAAACUUGAUGAUGAUCACUAUGCCUCUGAAACUAGAGAAGAUUGCAAACUUGAAGACAUCAAAGAGAUGUCAAGAGUUAUAUCAGAGUUGCCAGUUCAUUCUUACAGCCUCCUUGAAGAAGGCCAUUUAGAAGGACUACUGAUAUCAUUCAGCCAUGAUGAAAAAAAUGAUAAAAAUAGCAACUGUGUGGAGACAUUACUUAAUAAAUUAUUAGAAUACCUAUCAAGCAAGCUAUUUACUGACUCAGGAGUGUCUUCAGAUCAUGAUUUUAGUGAAGUUAAAACUACAAACCAUAACUAUGACAUCAAGGAGACUACAACAGAGAAAACUGUUCUGCAUAAAUCUGAUGUCCAGCCUGUAGUAGCUGGAGUACAUGUUUAUAAUAACGGAGACCUUGUUAAGAUGAAGAAGCCCAAGAAUCCUCCUGCAUCUUAUAAUGGAAAGAAAAAGAAAAUGUCUUAUAGCAACAGUCCAAUUCAAAUUGAAGAUUAUCAUAAAAGAUGUGUGGAUUUAUUAUGGAGAAAAUGGUGCUCAAUCAAGCAAGAAUAGAUCAUUAUCAUUAUUUUUUUCAAAAUUUUAAAUCCUUA